AGCUCUGUGUUUAACCCCAUGUUGGUUAAGCUUCUAGCCCAUAAUGCUGGUACAUGCUAAGCUUCCUACUGCCAUUAAACGCAGAACCCCCCACCAAACUUUCUCAAUUAUAUAUCCACAUUUUCCAUUAUUCCAAUAAAUAAAUCUGAAACUAGUAUUUAGAUUCCUUCUCCCACCAAUCUAUCAUUUCCAUCCAGUUGUGAGCUUGCUAGAACCCUAUACCAGACACAAAACAAUAUGGCAAACUUGUAUAUUCCUUGGAUUUUCUUAGUUCAAACACUAACACUAUUUGCCAAAUGCAGAGGUAAUGUUCCAGCAGUCAUAGUGUUUGGAGAUUCUUCCGUUGACUCAGGUAACAACAACUUCAUUCCAACAAUUGCCAGGAGCAACUUUCAGCCUUAUGGUCAAGAUUUUCCGGGAGGCCAAGCCACGGGGCGGUUCUGCAACGGCCGAAUUCCUUCUGACCUCAUCUCUGAUGGUCUAGGCCUUAAGCCAACCAUACCUGCCUACUUGGAUCCAAUGUAUAACAUAUCAGAUUUUGCUACUGGUGUUUGCUUUGCUUCUGCAGGAACCGGCUAUGAUAAUAAAACUUCUGAUGUUGCUCGUGUGAUUCCACUGUGGAAGGAAGUAGAAUACUACGAGGAAUACCAGAAGAAAUUAAAAGCCUAUCUUGGAAAUAAAAAGGCAAAAACAUUACUAAGUGAGGCUUUAUAUUUGAUUAGCAUAGGAACAAAUGACUUCCUUGAAAACUACUAUAUAUUACCGGACCGACAAUCCCAGUUCACCGUGAAGCAGUACGAGAACUUCCUGAUCAAUCUUGCAGCAAAUUUUGUGAAGAAACUAUAUGCUCUUGGGGCUCGGAGGAUGUCCCUAGCAGGGCUUCCUCCAAUGGGGUGUUUGCCAUUGGAAAGGACCACAAAUAUCAUGGGACUGCAUGCAUGUGUGGAGGAACGCAACAAUGUGGCUUUGGAGUUUAAUCGGAAGUUGAAGGGGAUGGUGGCAAAGCUAAACAAGCAGCUUCCAGGGCUUGAGGCCGUAUAUGGAGAUGUUUAUUACAUUUUCUUGCAAAUCAUAACAAGGCCUUCUCGUUUUGGAUUGGAGGAAGCAAGAGUGGGAUGCUGUGGCACGGGGAGAUUUGAGAUGAGUUUCCUAUGUAAUCCACAUAAUCCCUUUACAUGCCAAGACGCAAAUAAGUAUGUAUUUUGGGAUGCCUUCCAUCCUUCAGAGAAAACCAAUCAAAUCAUCUCAGAUAAUGCGCUUAAAACUUAUUUAGCAAAGUUUCUUUGAUGAUGUCGUAAUGUGUAAUGCGUAACAUUGAAGCAAAUACAACGGGAUCUCCCUUUGCUAAUGAAAUUUCAAAGACGACCAAACAUCGAUGUUUGAAGGUUCCCC